AUGAAUAAUUGUGACUAUAAUCAGGAGAGAAAAAUCAUUUGCGAAAAUGAAAAUCACAUUGCUUUUACUAAUAGAUCUCCCAUUUCUAAGGCAGCUUCUCUUGUUGUGACCAAAACUCAUUCAUUAUUGCCCAUUGCUAAAGAUGCUAUUAGUCGUAUUAGUAAAGUGUACCAACCAAUAGGCUACUUGCUCUAUAUUUGUGCUGGAGACGAAAAGAAACAUGAGUUAUUGCCUGGCGAACACCGAGAGAAAGCUUACCAAGAAUCCGUUAAAAGGUUGAAUGCUAAUUCAGAAGGAGUAAUUAGAGAAAAUGACAAAGCGAUUGCUAGAUUGUUUCCAAAAGAUGAAGCUCGCUGUCAAGCCCAUAUCAUUAUCAAACCCAAAAAGAGUAUUCCCAAUGAUACCCAAAUCCAAAAAGUAGACCAAGAAACCUGA